AAAAUAAACUUGUUUAGCGCAUUGCACACCUACUUCCAAAAAUACUGUUUGACUCGACUUUCCGAGUCCCAAAGUCAAAUCUACUACUACUUUUUGUUUAUAGUAUUUUCCGACUUCAACAACACCGAGAUCACUAAUUAACUAAUCAAACUACACUGCCUUUUGAUCUGUUUUGUAAGUUGUUGAAAUGGUUUCCUUGACAGCUAAAAUGAUGGCCGGAUCUCUGCCUCCGGUGACAGUGACCGGAUCUAAUGCGAAGCUGCCUCCACCUACUCUUCCUCUCCAGGUAAAGGUCAAAGAGUCUCAAAUGCUAGAAGCAUCUGAGAAACCCUCUAUGAACGUCUCAAGAAGAAAUCUAGCAUUGUAUUUAACCGCAACGUCUUUCAGUGCUGUCACUCUAUUAUCACCAAAACCGGCUGAGGCACGUAUGAGUAAAGCUGAAAUGAAGAAGAUGAUCUUGGAAAAAUUCAAGAUUCUUAGAGAAAAGGUCGGAUUAGCAAAGCCAGAACCCGAAACAAAUGAUAAGAUUGCCUCACCAACUCCAUCGGUACCAGAGAACAAACUUCCUCCACCUUCCCCGCCAAUACCGAAGAAUAAAGUUCACGUUCCACCAGAACCAUCACUUCCCAGGAUACAGAAUGAUAAGAAAAUUGUGGUGGAAGCCGCCCCACUCCCGUGAUGAUUGUCUCCAUUGAUCUCACGUUAUAUUAUCGUUUUAGUUUCACUUUGUAUGUUGACUGAGCCAGUCAGCCAGAGAGAAUUUGACACAAACUAUUUGUUAGUCAACACUUCAGCUUAUUGAAGUAUCAAAUGACAAUUUGCAUUCCCUCUCAAAA